AUGACUAUUACAGUCGAAUAUGUUCCCGAAGAAGAUACUCUGGCAAUUGUCACAAUUAAAGAAACGCAAUCGGCAAGUUUACGAACAACAAAUGCCAUUUUAAUCGCUGCAUUACUGAUUUCGUCAUAUUUUCUGAAUGUUUUGUUUAUUGUAGCGGUGCUCAUAACAAAAUCUUUCCGCACCACAAUAUAUUUGAUGUAUUGCCAUUUGGGCUUCGUAAAUAUCAUCGAUCUUUCCUUCAAUAUUUUCUUCGCUUUGAUAUUUGUGGCAAACGGAAAUUGGAACAUGAGCAAUGGAAUGUGCACAUUCAAUGUUGCAAUUCAGGAGUUUGUCCAUCUUCACACCUUAUUUGUUCUCAUGAUAAUUGGGGCUGAGAGAGCGUUGGGAAUCAUUUUGGGACCUGAAUAUGUUACUCAUGGGCACAAGUAUCUUAGUGGACUACGUAUUACAGGAGUCAGUCUGAUUCUGAGCUGUGUCUCAAUCUCUUUUGCUUCUGUUGUUUUCAUGAAUGUGAUUCCUACAAAACCGUUUCGCAACCGCUACGUGUGUGGGAUAGACGGCGGUGGCCCGAUUGGUUACGUGAUUGCUCGGUUGAUUGUUUACACCGGCUGCUUGGCAGUGAUUCUGGUUGCUAUUGGAGCGAUUCUUCAGAAAAGAACAGCCGCCUCCAUAUCGCCAAACACUCAGGAAUAUGCGGAAUUUAUAAAAAGAAACAGAGCAAUGCAAGAGCAUCGAAGUCGGGCAAAGCUGAUGAUCUUCAUAACGUGCGUCUUUCUAUGCAUAGAAGGACCAUAUAUCACAUUAUGCUUCUUCUACGAAACAUAUAACAGCCGCGAGUUCUCUGAUGUCAGUAUAGAUGUACCCCAAGACGCUGACACUUUGAUCACUUGGCUAAAAUUCGUUUUCCCUCUUAUUUGCCCUAUAAUUAUGCUGAGCUGGUGCAAUGAUGUGUGGACAAAAGUGAAAGAAGUCAUGUGUUGCCGGUCGUAUGAUCCACCUACCAUUGGGCAUAUGCCAGGAAACAGAGAAAACUCAGAUCUGUCUCCAGUGAUGACUGUAGUGGGUGGUGAACAUGGUGUAAGAGUUAAAUCUGACGCACAAGGAGGAUAUCGACUAAGGCCCGGAUGGGUUCCGACGCCUUCUGUUUCAAGCUAUGAAAGCGAAGCACCAAGUUCUGUCACUCAAGAAACGACAAUUCCAGUGGUCACUCAUACACAACAGCCAUCAGUUGCUUCAACUCUCAGUACUCCAUCUCCUAGCGAGACACCAAAACCAAAAGAAGGGAAAUCUCCGCGAAAUGCUCCUUCGAAAAUCCCAAGACAGAUUCCCCAAUUUAAACCAAAACGCCAUAAUCCAAAACCUAUUAAGUCAAGUUCUCAAACAAUCAAACCAUUGUAG